AUGAACGCUCCCAUCCAGCUGGGGACGGAAUACUGGGAUCUUGGGAUGGGAGAAUGCUUCUUCUACCCAACGAGUUUCCUCGGAACCGUAGAUCUUCCUCCCUACGUGCCCUCACUACCAUUUAGCAUGCCUGAAAGUCCGGGAAUAUAUCUUUCUUCUCCACUCCAGAGUCUCCCGAGCCAAAACGGAAGACUUGAUCGUCUCCUAGACGACAGCACCAUCCCACAACUCAUCGACGUGUUCCUAGAACGUCUACAGCAGUCCAUGCCCUUCUUUACCCGCUCUUUUCUACGACAAAACAUCGCGAAUCAACGACAUCUUCAUGAUCGGUCUUUUGGCUCAUUGAUUCAAGCCAUCUGCUCUCUAGUCCUACUUCAGCCAGUGCAGAGCCAGGAAAAGCGCCCAUGGCCGAAUCGCGAGGCAAGAGCCGACGCUCACUUGGCUCUGGCCGUAAACUUGCACUCACAGUCUGACCUCGGUCAGAGCCCGACUCUGGAAACAAUCAUGACAAGUGUCUUUUUGUUUGCUUGCCAGUUCUGCAAAGGCAAUUUUGAUGCCGCCAGAUUCCGGCUCAGGGAGGCCGCAGCUCUAGCCGAGGUGAUGAAUCUUGACAAGCCUGAAUCGUAUGGCCAUAUUGGAGAGACCGAGAAACAACGAAGACUCCGGACAUUGAUCAGCCUCACAAUCAUUGAGAGAAUCUACUCGGUGCAAAGAGACUACAUCCCGGGUCUGAAACUACUCAGCCGGAACAAGCUGCAAGAAUUACAAAACGCCAUCGCAUCUUCGGAUGAUAGGGGUGAAAGCGAGAACAUUAUUGCCAUGGAAGGUAUCAGCAGUAUGCUGGAGCAGGUGGACUUUAUUGAUUCCGACAUCAUAAAAUGCUGGAAAGGUCUCUGUUGGGAGGAGGAGGCCCCAACACAUGUUACUAGAAGCACAAUACUCACUCUGCUAAGACGGUACCGGAUCCCGCCGCAAUUCUCCGGGCUUUCUGACCUUGAUACCCAUGCCCAGCAUGCAGAUAUCCUUGUUACCAGACACUGGAUCAGGAUCAAGCUGUGGUCUUUGGCUGUUAGCCACGGCUACAUUGAAGCACAGUCUGAUGACGAGGAGUUCCGUAAUGAAUACGCCCUAGCUAUUGCCAGCGAGGCUCUGGAUACCUGCUCGCAAUUUGAUAUGACCAGUCUCGAAGUACAUGGUGUCGGACUCGUUGAAAAACUAUCGGACAUAGCGACUUGUGCGGCACUGCAGGUCAGUAGUCCUUGCGCUGGCUACUCGCCUACCCAAGACUAUCCCAUCAAUGCAGACUCGAGCAGUAUCGAUACGAGCGAGACACCGCCACAACAAGACUCUCCGAACACGAGGUCUAGUUCAGCAAUUUACAUGAGCGGCGCAGAAGAAGUGUUGAAUGGCUACCUCUCGUUAUUUGCAUCUUUCCGCAGGGGGAAACACCCCUUCCUCAAGCCAUAUAUGCGCCUCUUAGUAAAUAGCCAAGAGUUAUAA